AGGCCCACUAAUUUGGGCUACUCGGCAAGGCUUGUCCCCUGCCGAUUUAAUUUGAUUUUAUUUUGUCUCUUCAAAGUCUCUCUCUCUCUCCGUAUCACUCUCCGCUCUUCCUUUGUCGAGAAAUCGAAGUUUAGUUUCGUUUGAAGAUUGGAGCUGAGAAUUUGUAGAGAUGGAAGGUAAACCACCGCGCUCUCAUCUCAAGCGCCAAUUCUUCGAAGACGAAGACUCCAACAAGCCUCCCGCGCAAAAGAGGGUUAGGUUUCCUAAGGGAAAGAAGGUUAAGCAUGGAGAAGUAGCGGUGAACAGAGUUGAUGUUGAAGACGGUUCAGGUGACUUGAAAGAUCCCCGUCUUGCUGCUAAGGAGCGUGCCAAGCGCCGCAAUCAAAUUACUACAGAACUAUUCACUGAAGAUGGACGAGGCAUGCUUAAUGAUGUCUCCGCUGCUGAAGUUGCAUAUGAGGAUAAUGAGAACUUCAUUGAUGAUGGAAUUCAAAUAGAACCUUUCAAUCUUAACAAAGAAAGAGAAGAAGGAUAUUUUGAUGCAGAUGGAAACUUUGUUGAAUAUGUUAAUGAUAAUAAAACCAAGGAUGCUUGGCUUGAUAGUGUUGAAGAUGAUAUAAAAUAUACUGGAAAAACAUCUGCAAAGACCAUUGGUGAAGAUAAUAAUGAAGUUGCUGCACAGGAUCUCUCCACCCAAGAUAUUGGGAUGAUAAAACGACGUAUUGCCAAUGUGCUUGAGCCUGGAGAAACGGUUUUGCAAGCUCUGAGAAGGUUGAAAGGAGCUUCAAAUAACAGAAAGGAGAAAAUGUCAGCUGAGACAAAGCAUGUAUUUGACCAGCUAACUGAGGAUGCCAUGAAGUUGAUGGAGAAUGGUGACUACAAUGUGUACCAUGAGAAGCAGGAGGUUUUCCAGUGUAAGGCAGAGGGAUAUGAGAAGUUAGCUCUGGCCAAGGGGAAGAGCAUAUCUGCAAAUAUUGAGCUGGGAGGUUCUGAUCUUAACUUGGGAAGUGACAUACUCAAAGAUAUAAAUAUUGCUGGAGUAACUUCUUCUGUACUCCCUGACUCAGCUGUGGGUACUUCAAAUUCAAAUCUAACUGCUGCAGAAGUUUCAAGCAACACUGCCGAAGGUUACAAUAUGUUUGCUGAUGAUGAGGAUGAUGAAAAUCUUACCCAGUCAUCUGAGCCUAAUUCUGAUGCAGUUAUUCAAUCAUCAUCAGAAGCUGUAAACACUUUUUCCAAAACUGGAGAUGUGGAAAAUGAUUAUGUCUAUGACGAGUCUUCAGGGUAUUACUACAGUAGCACUUUUGGAUAUUAUUAUGAUCCAUCUACAUGACUAUAUUGGUUAGCAACAUCAGGGCAAUGGUAUUCCUUUAAUGAGGCAACUGGCACAUACGAAGAAGUUCAGGAGGUUGCAUCCAGUACAAAUUGAGGGUUUGAGAGUUGCUGCUCCAGUGGAGAGAGUUGUACAGGCUAUAGAGUAAAGUUUGAUGUGUGAAAUUGUCAUCUUAUGUGGGUUUCAUUCAGUAGGCUUCUUACUUUUCCUUGCCUUUGAGAUCUAAUUAUUAUACAGUUAUUAAAGUUAUACUGUCCUUGUUUUGCCAAAAUCACUUGGGAUUUUCUGUAGCAGUGACAUUUUGCUUUUUUUUUUUUUGUUGGUUUUAGGGAGUCUUCAUUUGGAUAGCUAUGAGUUGUUCGAUAUAUAGAAAAUUUUAGUGUUUUUAAUAAGAUAACCAAUUUAUCUUUGAGACAA